AUGGGUAGGCUCAUCAUCGAACUUGUCAUCCAUAUGCAUCUCGACACUAUCUUGAGCAUGGAGUGCAUCCUCAUAAAUCGUUUGGGUGAUGGUUCUCUCGAGUCUCCAUUGAUUGUGGUCAUGGUAAGUGAAAUUCGAUACUCUAGGGUCGGGAAGAAUGAGAUAGCUGACUCCUUGAGUACAAAACCAUGUAACCACCCCUACUCCCACGACAGAUAUGAUGUAUGUUUGUUAGAACUCGAACAUCCGAUAGAGUCUUGUAGUCUAUGGGCGUAUGGUCUUCUGGGAGCUCGAUGUCGAGACUACGGGAUAAAAGUGUGA